AUGACGAACCCCUUGCCGGUAGAACCAUGGAAGGUGAGAAACGCGACGGAGUUCGGAGCCCUGUGUGAGCAACCCAACGAGAAGGUCUGGGCCAUGAAGGACUGCGAAGCGGGCUGCUACGCUCAAAACGAGUUUCUCAGGGAUGCCUUCAACGUCUCCGAAGACUGUCUCACUGUCAACGUCUUCACUAGACAAAGUCAAUUGCAGAGCAUACAGAACGGAGGCGAGAACUUGGAUCCGGUGUUGAUAUACAUCCACGGGGGCAGUUUUUUCAUCAAUGGCUCUCCCAUGUACCGAGUCCAGAAGUUAGUCACCAUGGGGCUUGUAGUCGUCACCUUCAACUACCGACUCGGCAUCUUCGGGUUCCUGAGCACGGGGGACGAGGUAGCACCGGGAAACUACGGUCUCUUCGAUCAAGUCAUGGUUCUGGAAUGGGUUCGGGACAACAUCCGGGUAUUCGGUGGAGAUGCGCAACGAGUGACCAUUAUGGGCAACAGCGCAGGAGCCGCUUCUGCCUUCAUGCACAUGGUCUCUCCCAUCAGUAAAGGGACGAAGACCACAAUGAACACUUCUAUUAAGGGGAAAUUAUAA